AUGUCGUGGCUCUUGUUUAUAACAAGGUAUGACAGAUGUGGAACGCAGGUUCAGUUUUCAGGGAAUUAUGUCGAGUACUCAAAUUCUGUGAUUCUAAAGCGAAAAGGCGAAAGUGAUAUCACUUCCAGAGAACACCAACUUGUAAUUCCAGUUAAGUGCAACCUAAAGAACUCGGGAGAGUCAUCAAUAAACUUUGAUACGCAAGAGGUCUCACUAAUUGGAGAUGCAGUUGAGAGCGAUGGAAACUUCUCUUUCGCUUUAGACAUGUAUCAAGAAGGGAACUUCACUCUUCCGUACGGUGACAAUGAUUAUCCAGUUGUUGUCGAUAUUGGACAGACAAUCUACUUGGGAGCCCAUGUAACUUCUUACACUGAAGACGUCAAGUUAUAUAUUGAUUCUUGUGUUGCUACGACAAGCUCAGAUAAAUUUACAUCACCAAGAUAUGAUCUCAUCCAAUACAGCUGCCCUUCUGACGACACUACAUCGUUUGCAGAAUCUCGAGGCGAUAAUAAAAACGUGUACUUUCAGCUUGAUACAUUCAGAUUUGUGCAAGGCGAAUAUCUGGUUUACGUACAUUGUGAGAUGACUCUCUGUAAUGCAACUGAUCCAACGUGUACCAGAACUUGUGGACAACGUAACAGACGCUCUCCAAUGAAGCUAUUUGGGAAAGAAAAACUAUCAAAAGGACCAUUGUUUCUGCGACAAGUAGAUUCAGAAAUUAAUGAAGCCUCACAAGCCAAAUCAUCUACUAUUACCGAAGACCAUUCGAGUACGCUACUUAUCACUGCAAUGUUCUUUGCUAUGAACUUUAUUCUCAUCGCUGGGAUUGCUGUUUACGUAGUUAAACAAAGCCAGCCUGUUCAGACAAACAAUCACUAUCAACCCUUGCUACAGGAUAUCGAAUAAAAUGUCACACAUAUCAUUUUUAGUUUCCAAUGCUCUGUGCACACUAAUAAUUUUUUGUGUGAUGUGCCCAUAUAUGGGCAUAAUGAUGUCAUAUUGAUGUCAUAUCACACCCAUAUUUAUUUGUCACAUAAAUAUUUUAUAGUGUGGGCAGAGGUUUUUCAAAGUACAUUUGAAAAUACAUUAGUAUUCUAAAUGAAAAUAACCAAUAUUAAAAAAUUUAAAUGUUAAUUUUCUUUAUUUAUUUCAUUUUCAUUUAUUCAACAUUUAUUCGACCAUUUAUAAACAUGCAUGGAAAAACAAAUCAAAGUUAGGCCUACAGUUGCAUAAAACAUGGUCAAGGGACGAUAAAGAAUCACUUAUGAGCCCGUCACUCUCGCCCCUCUUUAAAGAGAGCAAAAGCUGCAUUAAACAUGGACAAUAUACACUCAUUUGUAUAAAUAACAUAAACAUAAUGUUUCUUCUCUGAUUAUCUACAAAUGUAAUUCAAUUCCCUUACUCUAAUUAAUUUUAUUAUAAAAAAUAACAAUUAAUAUUACUUAUCAUCAUCAUUAUUGUGUUUUGGCGCUUCCAUUAGUUUUAGUUUACGUGGAUUACCGUAUUAGGUUUCAAUAAAGGUCAGUUUAGGUUUUGAUUUGAAGUGUUUUAAUGUGUUUGCAGCAGAUGUUACACCUUGGAAUUCAGAAAUAAAAUUCCAUAACUUUGGACCAUAUACUUUAAUGAAUUGUUGUCUUGAUGUAAGCCUGGUAAAUGGACAUCUGAAUUUAUGUUGGUUUCUUAAAUUAUACUUGUGUAUGAAUUGAUAUCAAUUCGUUUUAAAUAAAUAAUUUAAGCAAAUA